AUGGGUAUCAAGCAAUUCAUCAAGAACCGAUCCGGGUUGCGCGUGGAUAAUCGUGCUACUACCUCCGCGGCUACGCUGACUCUCCGCCAGAGUUUGUGGCCAUUGACUCUGGUUACGAUCUUGUUCUUCUUAUGGGGCUUUGCCUAUGGUUUGUUGGAUACACUCAAUAGUCAUUUCCAGAAGACAUUGCAUAUCACUCGGGGCCGUUCAUCUGGUCUUCAAGCUGCAUACUUCGGCGCAUACCCUCUAGCCUCCCUCGGCUAUGCAAACUGGAUCCUCCGCCACUACGGUUACAAAGCCGUCUUCAUCUUCGGUCUAUGCCUGUAUGGCAUCGGAGCCUUAUGCAUGUGGCCAGCCGGAUUACACCAAUCCUUCGGUGGCUUCUGCGGUGCAACCUUCGUGAUCGGCUCGGGACUAGGAUCCCUGGAGACAGCGGCUAAUCCCUACCUAACCGUCUGCGGUCCACCCCGCUACUCAGAAAUCAGAAUCAACUUCGCCCAGGCCUUCAAUGCCAUCGGCACAGUCGUCGGCCCCGUCCUAGGCUCAUACGUCUUCUUCACCGAGACAAAGGACGAUGUCUCCGCCCUGCAGCGCGUGCAAUGGGUCUACCUAGCAAUCGGUAUCUUCGUCUUCUGUCUCGCGUUUGUAUUCUUCAUCUCCAAUAUUCCCGAAGUCACGGACGAGGACAUGGCGUUCCAAGUGGCGCAGACACAUGUCGAUGAACAGGACAAGCCUUUCUGGAAACAGUACAAGCUGUUCCAUGCGACACUGGCGCAAUUUACCUACACUGGGGCACAGGUCGCCAUCGCCGGCUACUUCAUCAACUAUAUCAGGGAUACAUGGGCCGGCACACCAGACGCCACAUCGGCCAAAUACCUCGCCGGUGCACAGGGCGCAUUCGCCGUAGGCCGAUUCCUCGGCGCAGGCAUAAUGAAGUUCGUACGAGCACGCUGGGUCUUCCUAGUCUACCUCUCAUGCACGGUAGCAUUCCUGGCGGCAUCAGUGACGCAGAAGAAACAAAACGGACUUGCAAUGCUGGUUUUAACACUGUUCUUCGAGUCUGUGUGUUUCCCGACGAUUAUGGCACUGGGCAUCCGGGGCCUGGGUCGCCAUUAUAAGCGUGGCUCUGGGUUCAUCGUUGGUGGUGUUUGUGGUGGCGCGAUUGUACCGCCGAUUCUGGGUCAUGUUGCUGAUAUGCGCAAUAAUACCGGAUUUGCGUAUAUCGUUCCGACUAUGUUCAUGGUCGUUGCGUGGACGUAUGCUGUUGCUGUGAACUUCGUUCCGGCGUAUACUAUUACGGUUGAUAAGGUCGGCAAGAGUACUGUUGGUCUUGAGCAUGAUAUCAAGGAUGAGGAGGCUGUUGUGGAGACUCACCACGUGGAGAAGCACCAAGCUACUCAUGUGGAGUGA